AUGAAGCGCGAAGAAACUGUCUCCCCAGAGACGCCAAUGCCUAAGGGCUACGGAUUUCUCAAGAAGGGCAAUACUUUCAUGACAGCGCUCUGUCGCAAAAAAACUCGCGACGCCGACAAGACACUAUAUGUUGUGACGAAGCGCGGCAAACAACAAGGAUUGAGAGCACCAAAAUGGGUUCUAGGGGAAGUCCACUUAGAGGAGAGAGAAACUCGCGAGAAGAGGCGUGGCGCUGUCCGACGGCGUGAUGCAGCCACCGAAGAUGCAUUCGAAUCAGCUACUCUGAGGCUCUUCCCCAAUAUUCCAAAGCAGGAUCUUACCACAAUUCUCAAGCGCACUCUCAGGAAGCGGAGCGGCAGGGUCGGCCGUACGGGAAAGUUGGAUCUGGACAAGAAGGCAUAUCUAGCAGUUCAGGCGCAUGCUCGACACUGCCAUACAGACUACGACAAGCUCCUCGCAGGAGCAUCUCAAAACCGGGACGCCGCCAGGAGAGCUAUUCGUGACAAGGUGUCCAAGCUCUUGAUAGAAUGGGGUGGCGAUCCAACAACGGUGGAAUCAGGAGGCAACUUUGCCCCGAGGAACACCAAGAGGGAGCCCCGGAAGAGUCUGGCAGUCCGAACAGCCGGGAGACGACGCAUGUCCUUUACAGAGGCUGCACAACACAAGCAUAUGCCAGUGCUCAAACAGCUCCCAAAGCAGAGCCGAGUUCCAAAGGCGAAAGAGGCACGGCCGCAGCCACAGUCAAACGUCAUUGAUUUGACGCAAGACUCAGACGGGCCCGAGGAAAGCGGAUCGACAAGUCAGGCAUUUUCCGAGGGCGAGCGCCAGGAUUUGGAGCAGGAUGCUGGCGACGGCUCAUAUGAGCUGUCCGAUGUGGUGGAUUCUGACGGAGAUUAUGAUGUGGACAGCGACUGGCUGCCAGAAUGA